AUGUUGGAAGGCGAUGAAUCCCGUCAAUGGGAGCAGCACAUCGCUUCGAAUAACCAUCGGCUGGCUACCAUCACGCUGCAACUAACGGAUGCGGCGGGGUUUAUGACCGGCUGCCGCGAGCUGAUCUCGUGGUGCAAUGACCCCAGGGCCUUUAACGCCCAUUUUGAAAACCACUUACUCGAUGCGCUGCAGGCCGUCUACGACAACGCGAGCAAGGAGGGCUUCUCAACGGAGCUUGGCGCGCAGCUCGUCGCACUCUGUCAUCAGCAGCGCAAGCAUCUGUCCAAAGAAGCGGCGCUGCGGAUCGGUCGCUGGCACGAGCACUUCCGGCGCCAGAAGCGCAACGCCAAGAAGAAGCAGCGCCGCGAGGAGGAGAACGCCGAGCGCCUCAGG